AUGUUAUUAAUAAGUUCAUAUAAGGAAAAAAAAGAUGAUUUCCGGAACCCAAAAAUUAAAAAACGAGCUUUGUGGACUUUAAUAAAAGAAGAAUUUUAUAACCAUGGAUAUGCCAUAACGGAGGAGGAAUUAGAUAGGAAAUGGCGCAAUUUAAAAAAAACCUACACGGGUCUACUGGACAACAAGAAGUCGACUGGACGAGGCAGAAUUUAUUGGGAAUAUUUUGAUGAUUUCCAAGAAAUAUAUUCUGCUGAUAAAUCGGUUCAUUUCCCACAAACAAUUUCAACAACUGCAACAAUUUCUUCAUCUAUUAUCCCUGUUACUUCAUCAUCUGCCAUCUGUGCCGCUUCAUCAUCUGUCAUGUCUUCAUUAGUCCAGCUACCACAAUUUUCAUCAAGUCCCAAAUGUGUAAAUUUAGCUGGCCCCUCAACAUCAAAAAAUUCUGCUGGUCCAUCAAAUGUUACAAAUUUAAUGUUCAGUAGUGUAAGGGAUGAAGAAAAAGUUAAUAAAAGAAUGAGAAACAAGAAUCUCUACAGUCUGCGAAAACGGUUGACUGAUUUAGAUGAAAAGAGACUGGAAGAAUUAACACGAAUUAGGUUGGCUAUUGAAGAAAACAAUCGGAUCCAAAAGGAGAGAAAUGAACUAUUAAAACAAAUUGUAAAUAAAUAAAUGUUAUUGGUUCUGUGUUUCUAGUUUCUACUUUAAAAAUGU